AUGUCUAUCCACCGCACUGCUGCUGCCGCGCUGAGAACCAUCAGUCGUCGCAACCACAAGUUCUCCACCAGCACCCGCGUCAAGGCGUCCAACAACAACAACAACAAGGACCGUAGUGAGCCCGCGCACGCCGGCUCCUUUGCGCGUACUGAUGACAGUAUCACCGUCGAGUACCCUGAGGAGCACGAGCUGCCAAGCUCCGUCCCCGUCGCUGGCGCCGGUCGCCACCCCACCCUCGCUACCUUCUCGCUUGAGGGCAGGGUUGGCGUCGUCACUGGUGGCGCGAGGGGUCUUGGGCUCGUCAUGGGCCAGGGCAUGGUCGUGAGCGGGGCUGACCUGGCCAUUGUGGACUUGAACAAGGAGGAGGCUGAGAUCCAGGCCAAGGCCAUCAUGGACCAGGUCAAGAAGGACAAUCCCAAAGCCAAGAGAUCUCCCAAUGUGACGGCACACUACGCCGACGUCAGCGAUCCAGACAGCGUCAACGCCUGCAUCGCCGAGAUUCUCGCCGCCCACGGCAAAAUCGACGCGCUCGUCACCUCGGCCGGCUUCACCGAGAACUUCCAGGCCACUGACUACCCCAUUGAGCGCAUGCGUAAGCUCUUUGCCGUCAACGUCGACGGCACCUACCUGUUCGCCACCGCCGUCGCCCGCCACCUCAUGGAGCGCCAUGCCGAGGGCAGCAUGGUCUUUAUCGGCUCCAUGAGUGGUGCCAUCGUCAACGUGCCUCAGCCUCAGGCACCCUACAACAGCGCCAAGGCGGCCGUUCGUCACCUGGCCGCCUCUCUGGCUGUCGAGUGGGCUCACGCUGGUAUUCGCGUCAACUGCAUCUCGCCUGGCUACAUGCUCACAGCCCUAACGGAGAAGAUUCUCAACGACAAUCCCGACCUCAAGAGGCAGUGGACCUCUCUCAUCCCUCAGGGCAAGAUGGGCAGUCCCGAGGACCUCAUGGGCCCCGUCACCUUCCUGUUGUCAGAUGCCUCUAGAUACGUCACCGGCGCCGACCUGCGUGUUGAUGGUGGCUAUACUGUCACCUAGGCGUGGGUGGAGGCAGCACCAUCGUUAUCAUCCUUCCUCCUCAUCUGUCAAGGCCCAAGAAGAGGCAGAGUACAGAGAUGGCUGGGCGGUAACAAUGCUUUCUUCUUCUUCUUCUUCUUCUUCUUUUCUUCCAAGAACAUUCCUAGAGAUCUGGAUGGGUUUCGUAACAAAGUGCGCAAGGCGUGGUGUUUGGUAUGGAACGGAACGGAAAAUGGGUUUGCCUGUUCCUUUUCUUUUCUCAAUCUACGGAUUCGUGGACGGCAGGGAAAUUCUAGCUAGCAUGUGGCUCAUGCAGUCAGUCUUAUGGACGUUAUCAAUGCU